UGGAUGGGACCGUACCAGAUGACUUAAACUUAAAGAUAUCCGAGGAAAAGCCUUCCCUAGAAGCAGACAUCAUCACCUGGUAGACAGCUUUUCCAAGACAAUGGAACAAGACUCCAUUUGAUCUUCUUCCAUUGACUGAGACUUGGUUUUGUAUUAACACAAAAUUAUCAAACCUAUAUUCUAUGUUGCUAGGUAGUUCCACCACUCAAACCAAACACUUUCUAAGAUCUUCUGUUCAAAAUGUAGCCACUCGCACUAACCAAAGCAAUUGCUGGCUAUGGACUCAUUUAGAUGAAAGGGAAGGAUCAUAGCUAAUACUACAACCUGCUUUCAUCACAGUUGGCUAGCAAUUGAGGAUGCUACAUUCAUGAUAAGAUUUGUAAUUUUGGCAUGAUUUUAUUACAGGACCAUCAGGUUCCUAUGCCUGCUGCACAGUAGCUGACCAAUAUUCUGAGACAGCAGGCUUUGCAGCAGAGUUUAAUGAUCACAGGGUGGCUGAAUGAUAAGCUGGGAGGAGAUCCUCAAAUUCAUCUCCCCAAGGAGUACUGAGGGUUUCCAGUGGAUCCCAGAUAGCAAGCGGCUGGAAAGUUGGUGUAGCAGUAAGAGACCCACAGGAGAGACCCAAAGUCUUCAAGCCUGGAGUUCCUGCUUGGUUCUUCCUGAGGUCUGAACACCCUGCAAACUGAGUCCAGAUCUGAAUUCUUGUUGGGAGCCAUUUUGUGAAGAGAGGAAGACUGAGCUGUUUUGGCUGCAUUUCUGGCCUCGAGCUGCAGUCAGCUUCUCCACGUAGAACCCGGCAGUAGGAGACUUAGAAUCGAAUCUCUUCUCCCUCCCGCCUCCUGUUUUUGGCUUUUGGAGAAACCUUAUCAUCCAACACAAUGGCCAGCAACGUUACCAACAAGAUGGAUCCUCACUCCAUGAACUCCCGUGUGUUCAUUGGGAAUCUCAACACUCUUGUUGUCAAGAAAUCGGAUGUGGAGGCGAUCUUUUCCAAGUAUGGCAAAAUUGCAGGCUGCUCUGUUCAUAAGGGCUUUGCCUUCGUUCAAUAUGAUAAGGAGAAAAAUGCCCGGGCUGCUGUAGCAGGAGAGGAUGGCAGAAUGAUUGCUGACCAGGUUGUAGAUAUUAACCUGGCUGCAGAGCCAAAAGCGAAUCGAGGAAACGCAGGUGUGAAACGAUCAGCAGCGGAGAUGUACGGCUCCUCUUUUGACUUGGACUAUGGCUUUCAACGGCAUUAUUAUGAUGGGAUGUACAGUUUCCCAGCACGUGUACCUCCUCCUCCUCCCAUUGCUCUGGCUGUAGUGCCCUCGAAACGUCAGCGCGUAUCAGGAAACACCUCACGAAGGGGCAAAAGUGGCUUCAAUUCUAAGAGUGGAAAGCGGGGAUCUUCCAAGUCUGGAAAGCUGAAAGGAGAUGACCUUCAGGCCAUUAAGCAGGAGUUGACCCAGAUAAAACAGAAAGUGGAUUCUCUCCUGGAAAACCUGGAAAAAAUUGAAAAGGAACAUUGCAAGCAAGGAGUAGAGGUAAAGAAUGCUAAGUCUGAAGAGGAGCAGACCAGCAGCUCCUUGAAGAAGGAUAAGACUCAUGUGAAGAUGGAGUCUGAGGGGGGUGCAGAUGACUCUGUUGAGGAGGGGGACCUACUGUAUGAUGAUGAUAAUGAAGAUCAGGGGGACAACCAGCUGGAGUUGAUCAAGGAUGAUGAAAAAGAGGCUGAGGAAGGAGAGGAUAACAGAGACAGCACCAAUGGCCAGGAUGACUCUUAAGCACAUAGUGGGGUUGAGAAAUCUUAUCCCAUUGUUUCUUUACCUAGGAGCUUGUCUAACAACAAAUUUUUCACCAGAUCCUCUCCCUUAGUAUCUUCAGCACAUGCUUACUGUUCUCCCCAUCCUUGUCCUUCCCACAUUCAUUAAUUCAUAUUGCCCUGCACCUAGUCCCAUUUUCACUUCCCUUGACACCCCUAGUAGUUUUCCUAAGUCUUACCCUGUAAUUUUUGCUUUUAAUUUUGACACCUCUUUAUGACUUAACAGUAAAAAGGACGUAUGGUUUUUAUCAACUGUCUCCAAAAUAAUCUCUUGUUAUUCAGGGAAUACGGUUCUUUUCUUUCAUACAUAAGUUCAGUAGUUGCUUCCCUAACUGCAAAGGCAAUCUCAUUGAGUUGAGUAGCUCCUGAAAGCAGCUUGGAGUUAGAAGUAUGUGUGUUACACCCCAUAUUAGUGUGCUGUGUGGGGCAGUUCAACAAAAAUCUAACAAUGUAUUUUUGUGAAUGAGAGUUGGCAUGUCAAAUGCAUCCUCAGAAACAUAAUUGGUGUUUUAGUCUUACAACGUGUUUUCUAAAGUUGAUACUGUGGGUUAUUUUUGUGAACAGCUUCAUGUUUGGGACCUUUUUCCCCAAAAUAAACAAGUCCUUAUUAAACCAGCAAUUUAAAGAAAAAAA